AUGAGCGACAUGACCGGUGAUACGUCGUCGUUGAGCGAAUCCAAGGGAGGAUCCGACGCCGCUCGGAUCUCGGAAGUGAAAGCUUGGCUCACCUCUCAGUUCGAAUCCGCCGGGAAACAAGUCCCCAGUUUCGACUACACUCACCGAAGCAUCGCACAUCUCUACAAUCUCGCCACCGCCUCGCAAGCCAAGUCUCAGGCCGCCACCAUCGUCGCCAACGAUUUCCGUCAAAAGGCUUCCGAGUACCGUGCUCAAGCGGCUCGGGUUAGAGAGAUACUGGAGAGUGCGGGAAUGGCGCAGGAGAGCUUACCUUCAAAUGUUGUCUCCUCAGCUCAAGUUCUUGCAAAUGUGGCCAAUUUGCUCAACAUUAGAGACACUGAACUCAGCAGUUUCCUUGUUGCAAUGGGAGAUAUUUCUCUGAGGAAGACUGGAGUCGAGGAGAAGAGAGCUAAAGCACAGAAGGAUUCUAAUGUGCUUCUUGAUUAUACUAGGAAAGCGAUUCAGAGGCUGACUUAUUUGAAGAAAAUUCUUGCGCAGUUAGAAGACGAUGUAGUCCCUUGUGAAUCGCAGAUGGAGAAUUGGAAAACUAAUUUGGAAGUAAUGGCAGCUAAGGAGGAACAGUACAUACAGCAGUACAAGAAGUAUGAGAUGUUGCUCAACCGUGUUGGCUACAGUCCUAAGAUCAGCCACAGAGAGCUGGUGGAAAUGGCAGAGCACAGAAAGGAAUUGGAGAAGAUGACGAAACCCGUCGUUGAUACUUUGAGAAGCUACCAAGACUUGCCUCCGGACAAAGCUCUGGCUGCACUAGCAAUUGAAGACAAGAAGAGACAGUUUGCAGCCGCCGAAAAGUAUCUAGAAGAAGUUUUACAGUCUGCCCUUGAGACAAGCGAUGAGUGAGUGUAGCCACCAGACUCCUUUAUGAACAAUCAAUGUUUACUUUCACAUGAUCGCAUCCUCAUUAUUAAAGUUUUUUAAAUCUCUCUUCUAUUUAUGAAGAGAGACUCCUUGUAAUCUCUUGACAAUUACUAAUCGAUGAAAAAAUUCAUGCUCUAUGUUCUUGUUUAUGUUUUGUAUGCCUUCCGUUAGUUUUACAUGGAAGACUUGAGAAAUACGAUAGAUUGACACACAAAACUAAAA